AUGUCUAGUUCAAACGGUAAUAAUAGACAUAAUAGAACAUCAUUAUCUGACGAUAAGGAAUUACGAUCGACGGCAAGCAACGACAAUGAUUCCACAUCUAUUGGAGAAUCGGCUUCGGAUGAAUUACCUACUGAUGGACAACAAAUGACAAAUCAAGAAAUCAAUCGCUUGAUAUUAUUUCCACGGUCUCUUACAAUUUAUGAAAUAAUAAAAUCAAUGCCAUAUGUUUUGAUGAAGAUCUUGUUUUGGUUUAUUCUAUAUCUAUAUUAUGAGUUAUUAUUAUUAAUAUGUAUAAUUUAUGAAUUAGUAAAUCAUCAAAAUCGAUAUGAUGAACAAAUAAAUCGAAUUCAGCUACACUAUGCAAAUAUAUACACUAGCCAUUUACUCAGUCUGGAUCGCGAUGCACAAGCAGAAGGCCGAACAGCAAACCCGGUCGAUGAUGUUGUACUUCCGAUGUUUUCCACAGUGGCAACGAUCGUUGAUAUUGAACAGACACCAAUUGCAGAUACACAGCCGCAUGAUGCAGGAGUUCUAGUUGGUAUAAACAAUCAUCGACCUACAUAUUACAUUCCAAAUAAUGAAACUGUUCAUGAAAACGAAGAAGCAACAUCAUUAAACAAUGAGGAUGAUAGUAUCAGUGACUCGCUUUCAGAAAUAGGUGCAAAUGCACAAGUUCAACACAAUGGGGAUGCACCUGAAACUGCCACCGACGAUUCAACUUGUAAUAUUAAUCCUCAGAGAUCGAUUGAAUCGCACGAUGGUGUACAGCUCAUUAAUAACAAUCGUGAGCCAGAACCAAUUGCUCAUCCUCAAAGUGAUUCAGCUGGCAUAAACCAACAAAGAGAUCAAACAAUAACACCUAAUCAGCAAUCAGAUCAAAAGAAUGUGUUUAAUGGACAACAACAGAAUACGACGAACACAGGUGUGACAAAUGAUGAAGCAGUGGAACUACAACGAAAUAUUUCCACUCCAGCCAAUGAUGCUCAACCAAUAAUGGAAAACACUGUCUGCACAACACAAAUGCUCAACCGCAAGCCAACAGUUUCAAUUGACACCAGUGGUGAGUCAAGGGAUGAAAGUGUCGAUUAA